AUGGAAGACAUGGGCAGCUCAGAUGAUGACCACCCGGCUGAUGCCGGCGACCGCGCUCGCUCCAACAUUGCCUCGUCAGGUGACGAGGCCGACAAAGACAACUUCUUUGUUGCUCGUCUACAAGGAUGGCAAGGUACCUAUGGAAUACGCUGUCGAUCUCGACAAGCGAACGGCGCCGUGCACGUGCGGCUAUUUCCAGUACAUGAAGGCUCCAUACUUUCAUACCGUUGCUGCACUAAAGUCGGUCAACAAACUGCACUUUCACGUCAUUUUUUUAUGACUAAUGGACGACCGACGCAAAUCGACGCGCGUACCAGCCGUCGAAAUGAGUCCUUGAACGACCUGCAAUUCUGA